CGUGACGAAAAUACAACAAGGAAGCGGAUAUUUAUUAAAAAGCAAAAUUAGUUAGAUAGGAAAACGUUUUGAAUUAUCAAGUUAAUUUUUGUCGAUUUUUGAUGUUUCGAGAGAUAUAGUUAUUUUGGACUAUAGUUCGUCGUAUCGUGGAUCCAUAUUCACUCAAGCAAUGAACACAGACGUUGAAUUCCACAUUAGGCAGAAUUAUCCGUGGAACAAGCUACCAGCAAAUGUCAAACAGAGUGUUGGGAACUCACAGCGUGAAUAUGAGAAACAUGUGCAGUUGUACAGUAUCCGCAACCAGCUAAGGUUCCGCAGUAACCUAGUGAGACACGUGAGGAAGGAUGAGAGGAAGUACUAUGAGGAGCUGCUGAAGUACAGCCGAGAUCACCUGAUGCUCUACCCCUACCACCUGUCAGACAUCAUGGUCAAAGGCCUCCGCAUCACCCCCUUCUCCUACUAUAUCAGCAUCAUGGAGGACAUCAUGAACGUAGAGAAGAGUUACGACUCGCUGCCCAACUUCACUGCUGCUGACUGUCUAAGACUGCUGGGCAUCGGGAGGAACCAGUAUAUUGACUUGAUGAACCAGUCUAGACUGCUGGGCAUCGGGAGGAACCAGUAUAUUGACUUGAGAACCAGUCUAAGACUGCUGGGCAUCGGGAGGAACCAGUAUAUUGACUUGAUGAACCAGUGCAGGUCUUCCAAGAAAUUCUUCCGUAGGAAAACGGCGCGAGACCUGCUCCCCUCCAAGCCAGUAGAGAUCUCUGUAGAGCCGUGGUGGGUGGCUCAGACCGGAUACAUCACAGAGGAUGACAUCAGGAUCUGCUCGGUGGCAGAGAGGAAGACGAUUGAUAAGCUGAUCGAUUCAGGACCCCAACUGGCCGGGUCGAUGGAGUACAAUGUGGUGCUGAGUCUGUACAACAGGGGAUACAUCUAUCUAGACGUGCCCAUCUCUGAUGACAGCUGCAUGUCAGUGCCCCCCCUGGAAGGCUUCGUGAUGAACAGGGUCCAGGGAGACUACUUUGAAACCCUUUUGUACAAAAUAUUUGUUUCCAUCGACGAGCAGACUAAUGUGUCAGAGCUGGCUAAUGUUCUGGAGAUCGACUUGGGCCUGGUGAAGGUAUGUAUCUACGGCGAUACAGAUCACACACUGUUAUAUUGUCCAUGGCGGCGGUCGCCAACCUUUUACGACUCAAGAUCACUUUCACAGUCAAGAAGCAAGCCGAGAUCUACCGCUCAGAAUCUUUUUAAAAACAUGACUUAAAAAUAUAUAACU